AGCGUCAUCACCAUGUUGCCGCUAGCACUUCUUCUGGUCUUCCUCAACAGUCACAUUAUUGUUGCAUCAAAAUCCACCAUCGACACCCUACCGGGCUUUUCCGGUGAACUCCCCUUUAAACUUGAAACCGGGUAUGUGGGGGUGGGCGAUUUGGAUGAUGUGCAGCUAUUUUAUUACUUCAUUGAGUCGGAGAGGAGUCCCAAGGAAGACCCCCUGGUGCUUUGGCUCACCGGAGGUCCCGGUUGCUCCGGUUUUUCUGGCCUUGCAUACCAAAUAGGUCCAAUAAUGUUCAACUACGCAAAUUCUAGUGGGAACGAGCCAACGCUUGUGUUGAAUCCAUACUCAUGGACAAAGAUAAACCUACUACUUAAUCUGCACUUAAUUUGUCAAGAACUUUACCCAAAUGCAUUGGACGAUGUUCAGGUUGCCACCAUAAUAUUUUUGGAUCAACCAGUUGCUAGUGGAUUCUCCUAUGCAAAAAGUUGGGAAGGAUACGAGACCGGUGAUAUAUCAUCCGCAGCUCAUACCUAUGAAUUUCUAAGGAAGUGGCUUAAAGAUCAUCCUGAAUUUCUGAAAAAUGCACUGUACAUUGCUGCUGGUGAUUCAUAUUCAGGCAUAACUGUUCCCAUCAUUGUUCAGGAAGUGUCCAACGGCAAUGAAGUCGGGCAUGAACCACCGUUGAAUCUCAAAGGUUACGUGCUAGGCAACCCAUAUACAGAACCAACAUAUGACGUGAAUUCACGAAUUAAAUUUGCUCACCGCAUGGCACUUAUUUCCGAUAAACUCUAUGAGUCAACUAAAACAAAUUGCAAGGGCGAGUAUGUUCAAGUAGAUCCGAGCAAUGCACCUUGUGUGGAAAACCUCCAAGAAGUCACUGAGUGCACCCAGAAGAUAUAUUAUAACCAAAUAUUGGAGCCAAAGUGUAGCACUAUGUCUCCAAACCCAAAAAUAUUCAAAUGGGAUCAAAACUUCGAUGAUAUACACCAAAUUUUCAUGAAAUCGUCAAAUUAUAGAGACUUUAUACUUACUGUGUGGCACCUUACUACCCUUACUUCUUUGCAGACUUAUAACUAUCUGUUCUCCUUCAUAUGGGCUAAUGAUAAAACAGUCCAAAAUGCUCUUCACGUUCCAGAGGUAAGUAUUAAUUUUGAGAAUUACAAUACCCACAUAAAAUAUUCACACUUUUAUUUACCAUUACAAUGUGCAGGGAACAAUAAAGGGUUGGGAAAAAUGCAAUCAGAGCAUAUCUAUGGUGAUCAUGACAUGCUUAUUCCAUAUGUGGGCACUCAAGAAUGGAUAAAAUCUCUCAAUUUGAGUGUUGAUUAUCAAUGGAGACCAUGGUUUGUUAAUGGCCAAGUUGCAGGGUACACCAAUGCAUAUACAGGAAAGCGUACAGUUUGACAUUCGUGACUGUAAAGGGAGCUGGCCACACAGCUCCAGAAUACAAGCCUGUGGAAUGUCUUGCAAUGAUUGAUAGGUGGCUCGCAUAUUACUAUGUUUAAUUAGCUCAUUCAAGCAACUCCACACCUAUAUAUUUGUAUUGAAAAUUUGUCCAUUUGGGUGAUCUCUUGCAUUAAAGAAAUCCAUAGUCGAUUUCACCAUGAACUUAAGAUAUUUUAGCUUACGCAUUGCAGCUGAUAGUACACUCUGCUUCAUAAUUC